AUGGAUGGUUCAUACCCUAUUCACCCUACCCAAGCAAUGCAAUCACCAUUCUUCUACUACAACCCAGAUCCUCAAGGCGAGAACAACCGCCAGCACGGCCACUUCACACCACACCCUUCAGGACAAUCAACCUUCCAGCCACACAACAUGUACUACCAGAGGCCCACAUCAGCAAACUCACAAAUGUCCUACCCUCAGACUGCCUACGCCAGCCAAAUGAUGACUCCAGUCGCGUCACCCCAGCCAAUGUACCAGAAGCCAGCCAUCCUGAUCCAACCUCAGGAUUCCCCCUACCUUCACCCCAUUGACACCGACUACUCUUUCUCCCCCGCUACUCCUCCUCUGUCAUCAUGCGGUAGCAGCACCAGCAGCCCUUCCUCGUACGACAUCCUCCCCACUCCUCUCCACGACAUGUUCCCCGGUGAGGGCAUGGAGGGUGUAAAGCAGGGCUGUGAAGGCGAGGUCUUUUCUGAGAUCCUUUCGGCCGGCCUCGAGUGGCGUUCAACCACCCCACCAAUGACACCAGUAUACAUCCAGCCUCCUUCGGUCAACCAGGGUUCAUACCUUCUUUCCGCAACUUCUUGCCCUUCUCUUUCCCCUUCUCCUUCACCUCUUCCCCGCACUACCGUCGCCGAGGCUGAGAACAACUUCUGCAACCCCCGCGAUCUUACCGUCUCGGCUGCCUCUGAACUCCCCAUUGUCACUCUCUGCCCCGGUGACGAGGAGCAUAAGGUUGUUCUCAAGGGUGAAACUGCCAAGGUUGACAAUAUUGAGUCUGUGCAGACCUUCAGCUUCAACGGCCUUCCCACCUUUGAGCCCCUCUUUGAGCUCGACUGCGAAGACGACUUCAACGGCCUUGUUAACUUCUCCAACGACAACACCCAGUUCCUCGGUAACAAGCGCCAGCGCACUGACCUUGGCGCCUUCUCUCCUGAAGAUGACUUCCUGAGCGACGAGAGCUUCACCGACUUCGAGGAGGAGCUUGUCCACAGCCUGCCUCUCACCCCCGCCGCUAGCGAGUUCGACACCAUGUCCGCAGUCAAGAGGCAAACAGUCAAGAAGGCCCGCUCCGCCUUCAGCGAGACUGAAUCUGACUUCCAGGGUAAGCAACAGACAUCAGGUGAUGAGCACACCGUGUCUGGAGCCUCAAGCCAACAAGAAUCAGGUCAAGCCGAGAACGCCGUCGCCUCCAGCUCUGACGAGAACACCACUCCCGUCGCUCCUACUAGCCGCCGCGGUCGCAAGCAGUCGCUCACCGACGACCCAUCCAAGACAUUUGUCUGCACUCUCUGCUCCCGUCGCUUCCGCCGCCAGGAACAUCUCAAGCGCCACUACCGCUCUCUUCACACUCACGACAAGCCCUUUGAGUGCACUGACUGCGGUAAGAAGUUCUCCAGGAGCGACAACCUCUCUCAGCACCAGCGCACCCACGGAACUGGCGCUGUCAGCCUUGAGGUCAUGGGCUCCGACUUCCACCACGCCGACAUGCAACACGGUCAUGGUAGCCCGUUUGGUGCACAGGCUCCUUCCACCAUGGGUGAGAUUCUUUACAACGCUGCUGCAGAGAUCCCUACGUCAAGCUCUGACGGAUCCGAGCACGAGUCAACACCCAGCCAGAAGAAGCGCAAGAGGAACGAGUAG